AUGGUCCGCAUCGUCCACGCCGCCAUCCUUUUCCUCGCCGGCCUCGCCGCCGCGGGUGUCUCCACCGAUGGUGUCUGUGGCCAGAACGGCAACACCUGCCAGGGCAGCAACUACGGCAACUGCUGUUCCCAGUAUGGGUACUGCGGCAGGACUGAUGCCUUUUGCGGCACGGGCUGCCAGUCCCCCUUCGGAAACUGCGGCAGCAACGGCGAUGACAACCAGCCCGUGCCCGUCACCAACGUCUCUCACGACGGCACCUGUGGUGGCGCCAGCGGCCUGACCUGCGCCGGCUCCACUUUUGGCACCUGUUGCUCCGAGUACGGCUACUGCGGUACCGCGAGCGGCUACUGUGGAGCAGGCUGCCAGGCCGCCUUCGGCUCUUGCACCGGCGCCUCCUCGUCUGCCAGCGCCGUAAGCCCUCCUCCUCCGGCCUCCACCAGCGCUACCCCGUCUCCCAGCUCCUCUCCGGUUUCCAACACUAUCAGCGAUGACGGAACCUGCGGAGGCGCCGGGGGCAAGACCUGCGCCGGAUCGGCCUUUGGUAACUGCUGCAGCACCAACGGGUGGUGUGGUAGCACUGACGGCUACUGUGGCACCGGCUGCAACCCGGCCUUUGGAACCUGCACCAGCAGCGCUCCCGUCUCUUCGUCUGUGCCCCAGUCCACUGCGACCACCUCGGCGGCAACUCCUUCGUCGACCGCCAAGAUUUCCCCCGAUGGAAGCUGUGGUGGCGCCAACGGCUACACGUGCCCUGGAACCCAGUGCUGCGGUAAGAGAGGAUACUGCGGCAGCCCCAGCUUCGCCUACUGCGGCAUGGGAUGCCAGCCGGCCUUUGGCACCUGCGCCCCCUGCCCGGUCGGCGGCUGCACCAACGCCAUCAACGGCGGCAACCCCACCUGCCCCCAGGACGGCGGCAGCUGCUUCAUCCGGGACGGCAAGAGGUUCAAGGUCGACUGCAACGGCGGAACCAGCCAGGGCAACGCCGUCCUCCUGAGCAACGGCACCGUCGCCACCUCCAGCGCCAACUCGCUGGCCGCCUGCAUCGACGACUGCGCCAACACCCCCGGCUGCGAGACCGCCAGCUUCUUCACCAGCAUGGGCAAGCAGACCUGCGGCCUGUACAGCAACAUUGCCGCCUACAGCGACAGCUCGUUCCGCACCGGCUACUUUGCUAACCUCAUCCCCCAGACCUGCUAA